ACGCGCCCGAGCAGCCGGGCCCGCCCCGCCCCGAGCCCUUCCCGCCCCGGGCCCGCCCCGCUCCCGCCCCGCUCCCGCCCCGCUCCCGCCCCGCUCCCGCCCCGCUCCCGCCCCGCUCCCGCCCCGCGCGGUCCGGCGCCCAUCCCGCUCCGGGCUGGUUCCGGUGCCGGUGCCGCCAUGGUGGCCUCGGGCCCGGGCGCGGCUCCGCUGGAGAACGCGAACCCGCUCAUCUACCGCCGCUCCGGGGAGCGCCCCGUGACCGCCCGCGAGGAGGACGAUGAGCUGCCCGACGCCAUCGACGACCGGGAGAUCUUCGAUCUCAUCCGCUCCAUCAAUGACCCCGAGCACCCGCUCACCCUGGAGGAGCUGAACGUCGUCGAGCAAAUGCGAGUGAAAGUGGACGAUGCCCAGAGCACGGUGUCGGUGGAGUUCACGCCCACCAUCCCUCACUGCAGCAUGGCCACCCUCAUCGGCCUCUCCAUCAAGGUCAAACUGCUCCGCUCGCUCCCCGAGAGGUUCAAGCUGGAUGUUCACAUAACGCCAGGAACACAUGCCUCUGAGCACGCAGUUAACAAACAGCUCGCUGAUAAGGAACGGGUGGCAGCUGCUUUGGAAAACUCUCACCUGCUGGAAGUGGUGAAUCAAUGUUUGUCUGCUCGGUCAUGAUUGCCUGGUGAGGAAAUCAUUGCUGUUCUGAUCUACUCAACUAAUUUUGUAUGUGAGUGGUGAUGUUACAAUUUGCAUAAAACUGUGAGCAAAAUAAAAUCACUUAAAUUCUCUUGAGGAAA